AUGUCCGCCUCUCUGAGAUCCGUUGCGCCGUUCUUCCGGACGGCGCGCGCCUCGCUGCGCCAGGGCAACGUUAGCCCCCUUCAGGCCGCUCUGAAGAGACAGAACGUCUCCCCCAUCCUCAACGUCUACCGCACAUACGCCGUCUACGAGCGGACAAAGCCUCACGUCAACAUUGGUACUAUUGGCCACGUCGAUCACGGAAAGACCACUCUGUCCGCCGCCAUCACCAAGAGACAGGCCGAGAAGGGUCUUGCCAACUUCCUCGAGUAUGGUGCCAUUGACAAGGCUCCUGAGGAGCGCAAGCGUGGUAUCACCAUCUCUACUGCCCACAUCGAGUACUCGACCGACAACCGCCACUACUCCCACGUCGACUGCCCUGGUCACGCCGAUUACAUCAAGAACAUGAUUACUGGUGCCGCCAACAUGGACGGUGCCAUCAUCGUCGUUGCCGCCUCCGACGGUCAGAUGCCCCAGACCCGUGAGCACUUGCUGCUUGCCCGCCAGGUCGGUGUCCAGAAGAUUGUCGUCUUCGUCAACAAGGUCGACGCCAUCGACGACCCCGAGAUGUUGGAGCUCGUCGAGAUGGAGAUGCGUGAGCUGCUCAGCACCUACGGCUUCGAGGGUGACGAGACCCCCGUCAUCAUGGGUUCCGCCCUCAUGGCCAUGCAGAACCAGAGACCCGAGAUUGGUCAGGAGAAGAUUGAUGAGCUGCUCAAGGCCGUCGACGAGUGGAUCCCUACCCCUACCCGUGACCUCGAGAAGCCCUUCCUCAUGUCCGUUGAGGAUGUCUUCUCCAUCUCUGGCCGUGGUACCGUCGUUUCCGGCCGUGUCGAGCGUGGUCUCCUGAAGAAGGAUACCGAAGUCGAGAUUGUCGGCAAGGGUGACCAGAUCAUCAAGUCCAAGGUCACCGAUAUCGAGACCUUCAAGAAGUCUUGCGAAGAGUCCCGUGCUGGUGACAACUCCGGUCUUCUUCUCCGUGGUAUCAAGCGCGAGGAUAUCAGCCGUGGUAUGGUCGUCUGCAAGCCUGGCACCGUCAAGGCCCACUCCAGCUUCCUCGUCUCCCUCUACGUCCUGUCCAAGGAUGAGGGUGGCCGCCACACCGGUUUCCACGAGAACUACAAGCCCCAGAUGUACCUCCGUACUGCCGACGAGUCCGUCACCCUCACCUUCCCCGAGGGAACCGAGGACGCCAAGAACAAGAUGGUCAUGCCCGGUGACAAUGUCGAGAUGGUUGCUCAGCUGCACCACCCCUCUGCUGUCGAGGUUGGCCAGCGCUUCAACGUCCGUGAGGGUGGACGCACCGUCGCCACUGGUCUCAUCACCCAAACACACAACUUCCCCGACAUGAAAUGGGAACCCGGAUGGUGA